AUGUUGGAUGGAGGACUGUCUUCGCCAAACAAAUCAGCACGGGCCGAAGAGGAGGGUCCAGGCGUGCGGAUCUCCUCAGAUGUGCUGGAUGCAGUCUUUUGCGUGGGCCCAGGAGAAGGAUGGGCUGAACCAAGCCCAUUGCUCAAUGGAGACUCAGAGUUGGGCCCAUUGUUAGGCGCUGACCCAGAGGAAGCUGGGCUCGCGGGGGACCCUGUUAAAGGAGAGGGCGACAGAGAUGCAACCAUCUCCUCUUCAUCAAAAAUUUGCCGAUCAAAAAUUGUACCUGGAACCCAGUGA